CGCACGUGCGAAGAUAUCGAAGUUUACAAGUCAGUACUGAAAACAAGGAAAACCCAUAGCCAAAAUGGCAGAUGCCGUUGAGGCCUUGUUUAUCAGCACCGGCAGCGAGGACAACACAACAUGCAGCGUCCAGGACCUGCGAACCGGCACCGAUCUCAUGCGGUACAAGGGCGGCGGCGUGGCCCAACACCACGGCCUGGCGAUGAUAAGUCUCAGCUAUGUGUUUGUCGCCAAUUCAGCGAAGCCGUUGAUUCAUGUGUGGCCAAUCAACAAGCAGGAGCAGAUGGCAAGCCUUCGGUUUGUGGUGCCGGGAAAGGUUAACGCCCUGUCUCUAACGCCCGACGGCUGCUUCUUGGCUGCGGGAAUCCAGGAAAACAUCUAUUUAUGGCACAUGAACACCGGGCGUAUGCUGAAUACGUUGUCCAAGCACUACCAGCCAAUCACCUGCUUGCGAUUCACCGACAACGGCGAGCACUUCAUAAGCGGGGGCAAGGACGGCGCUGUGCUCGUAUGGGACCUGACCUUUGCAGCCGCUCCCCUGGACACGGGUAGCGGGCAGGACAGCACUGAGCCGCUGUACAGCUUCAAUGAUCACGGUCUGGCCGUGACGGAUCUGUAUUCGGGUGUGGGAGGCAUUCGCUCCCACCUUUUCACGGUCUCACUGGAUCGUUGCUGCAACGUGUAUGACCUUCUCGACGGCACCCAGUUGCUAAGCGUGGUCUUUCCCGUGGCGCUACACAGCGUAAUCGUCAACCGGAUAGAGACGCAAGUCUUUGCAGGCUCCGGGGACGGCAAGGUGUAUGUCUUCCACAUGGAGAAAGCGCCGCGCAUGAAGGAAUACCAUGUGGAGGAGGAUGAGCUGCAAGCCUUCGUGGGCCACACCGCUGGUAAGGCCAUCACCAAUUUGGCUCUGAAUAUGAGCUCAACAUCGCUCGUAUCCGGCGGCGAGGACAACCAGGUGUGCGUUUGGGACGUGGGCAGCCGCCAGCUUAUUAAAACCCUGCCCCAGAAUGGCCCAGUGACGAACCUGUGCGUCCGCCUGCUUACUCCCGCAGUGUUUCUGCCGGAGCACAAACACACUCAACCGUUUGCCGACACUCUAAAGCGAAUGAUCACCCCACGCACCAAGGACGAUUACAUCGAACUGCUAGUCACCGAAGAGUACGCCAAAGGACGAAAAUCGCCUGAACUGGACCUGACGAAAAGUUACCCGGGCACAGAUGCGGAAAUACUACGCCAGCUGAUAGCGUCUAUGUAUGUGGGCAAGUCCCAAGACGACAAGGAUGAGGCAGAGGAUGAGUGUGAUGCGGAGGAAGUAGAGUCUGAAGUAGUAGAGGAUAUGGAAGCCGAAGCAGCAGAUGAAGAUGAGGAGGCCGUCGUAGAGGAGGAAGAGGACGCCGUGGAGGAGGAAGAGGAUGCAGACGAAGCGGAAGAGGAUGCGGACGAGGCCGUGGAGGACGCAACUGCGACAGCCAAUGGCGUUGAUGUACAGAAGCUGCUGGAGGAGAAUAAACGGCUCAAGGAGGAGUCCAAGCGAAUGUUUGAAAUCAUUUUCCAGUACGUCUCCAACAAUGAUUCGGCGACGUCGCCGAGGGAGUCACCUGCGAUCAAGACGAAGCGAAAGAAGCCGCGCCAGAACUAGUCCUUAGAGAUGCUUUCAUUUACGUUUACUUAGAGAUUAAGAAACAAUAAUACAUGAUACAAAAAACGAAA